GAUCUCGGCGGAAUGGAUGAAGUUGUGAAAAAUAUCCGGCAGCUGGUUGAAUAUCCAUUGAUACGACCCGAGUUGUACAGCCACUUGGGCGUCGACCCACCCCGUGGUGUUCUGCUGCGAGGGCCACCAGGAACCGGGAAGACUCACUUGGCAAACGCAGUCGCUGGUCAGCUCGGGGUUCCUUUUUUCCGCGUCUCAGCACCUGAAUUGGUAUCAGGCAUGUCGGGAGAGUCGGAAGGACGCAUUCGCGAUCUCUUCAGAACAGCGUCUUCUAUGGCUCCGGCCAUAAUAUUCCUGGAUGAAUUAGAUGCAAUCGUGCCAAAAAGGAGCGAAGCAGGAUCCUCUCGAGGGAUGGAGAAGCGCAUGGUUGCACAACUUCUUACGAGCAUGGACAUGCUGGCGCCCGUCAAUAACAACAAAAAUUCGACUGUUAUUGUGCUCGCGGCAACAAACCGGGCAGACGCCAUGGAUCCGGCUCUACGACGAGCCGGAAGAUUCGAUAAAGAGAUCUCAUUGGGGGUUCCCGACGAACAAGGCCGUGAGCGUAUUUUAAGAGCAAUGACGAAAGGAAUGCGUCUGUCGGGGGAUUUUGAUUUCAAAGUGCUAGCACGAAAAACGCCAGGGUUUGUUGGGGCUGACGUACGGAGUUUAGCUAAAGAAGCAGCCGUUCUCGCCAUCAAUCGAAUUUUUAAAGAUGUUCUUAAAGAUCAAGAUUCCGUCUCAGACGAGCUUAUGGAGCCAUUGUUUGUCACCAUGGACGACUUUUUAUGCGCAAUUCCAAUGGUACAGCCCUCAAGUAAGCGAGAGGGUUUUGCGACCGUUCCAGAUGUCACCUGGGAUGAUAUUGGUGCCCUACAUUGUAUCCGUGAGGAGCUAACCAUGUCUGUCUUGGAGCCCAUCCGCAAUCCGGAGAAAUUUCAAGCCCUUGGUCUCCCCUUACCAGCUGGUGUAAUGCUGUACGGCCCGCCCGGUUGUGGAAAAACGUUGCUGGCUAAGGCGAUCGCCCACGAAAGCGGCGCCAAUUUUAUCAGUGUGAAAGGACCAGAAUUAUUGGACAAGUACGUCGGUGAAAGCGAGAAGGCCGUUCGGCUAGUCUUUGAACGGGCCCGAAGUUCUAGUCCUUGCAUUGUCUUUUUCGACGAAUUGGAUUCAUUGGUUCCACGACGCGGGAGCGACGCUGGUGGUGGAGGUGUUACAGAGCGUGUGGUCAAUCAACUUUUGACGGAAAUGGACGGUUUGGAAAGUCGUCGAAGUGUAUUUGUAAUUGCCGCUACGAACCGUCCGGAAUUGAUUGACCCAGCAAUGAUGCGACCUGGACGACUCGACAAGCUCCUUUUUGUUCCACUUCCCGGUCCCGAGGAUCGCGUACUGAUUCUCAAGGCCCUUUGUACGGGCAUCAACUUGGCGGCGGACGUUGAUAUGGACCAUAUCGGUCGCAGCCCACGGACCGACGGCUAUAGUGGUGCAGACUGUGCGGCGCUUCUACGCGAAGCUGGUUUAGCGGUUCUGAAAGAAGACGCAACCGCCUUUGCCGCGGGCAAACCUGACUCGGUGGAGCUCAAAAUCACGUCGAAGCAUUUCGAUGCAGCCUUCCACUCGGUCAUGCCCUCGGUGUCGAAGAACGACCAAGCACGGUACGAACGCAUUCGC